CCACCAUUCGGCUGCCAAGCCGCAGUACCAUCGUCAGCAAUGUAACGUAAAAAGACCUCGGAAACCUCGUCGUCUCUGAGCAUCACCGUCUCGCCACUCGACUUGUCCGUGGACCGUGGUAUAGUAAGUAUAAGCCAAGCUGCUUACUUAGUUCCUUUUCCAUGCAUGGCUCUAGGCUUUUGGUGCUUAUAAACCACUCCAAACCCCUGAAUUUGACUCCUUCUCCACGACCAUCAUCUCAUUCAUUACUCUACCGCAUACGAACCAUGACCUCUACAAAAGACACAUCGGGCCAGAGUGACAUCAGUAAAUUGAAGACGGAGUCAGACGGUUCCUUCAAAAGAGCUCCGUCAAGCUUCAGGAACUUCAUUGAGAACGAUGGCAAGUUCCCGCCGGAGAAAGGAAGAUAUCAUCUCUAUGUAUCUUAUGCAUGCCCUUGGGCUACGAGAGCUCUUAUCACUCGGAAGCUGAAAGGACUCGAGGAUUUCAUCCCUUUUUCUGCGGUGUCCCCUCACAUGGGUGCGCAAGGCUGGCCGUUCAAGAAUGCAGAUCCAAGUUGGGCGGAUGCAGAUAACGACCCAGAACACCCCAAUUUCCAGCAUAUCAGAGAUCUUUACUUCCUUGCUGAUUCGAACUAUGGUGGAAGAUUUACGGUCCCGGUCCUGUGGGACAAGAAGCUCAACACUGUUGUCAACAACGAAAGCUCUGAAAUCAUUCGCAUGUUCAAUACCGCCUUUAAUCACUUGCUUCCUGCUGACAAAGCGGCGAUUGAUAUCUAUCCCGAGGCACACCGCCAGGAGAUCGAUAGUAUCAACGAGUGGGUAUAUGACACCGUAAACAAUGGCGUGUACAAAUCUGGGUUUGCACAAUCCCAGUCAGCGUAUGAGAACGCCGUUUAUCCCCUAUUCAAAUCCCUCGACCGACUCGAGGAGAUACUCAAAGGCAAGGAUUACCUCGUAGGCAACACUCUCACCGAAGCGGAUAUCAGGUUAUUUGUCACUACCAUCCGCUUUGAUCCCGUGUACGUAGGCCACUUCAAAUGCAACUUGCGCGACAUCCGUCACGGGUACCCUAACAUCGAUCUCUGGAUGAGGAAGUUGUACUGGAAUAACGAUGCUUUCAAGUCGAGCACCAAGUUCGAUCACAUCAAAGAGCAUUACUACUGGUCCCAGACAACGGUAAACCCCUCCAGGGUAGUUGCCGUUGGCCCAGUCCCAGACAUCGAGCCUCUGUAA